CUGCGCAGGCGCAGGGAACGCGUGGCUCCGCGCGAAGCGGACGCGCGUAGAUUGGGGUCUCUACUCGGGCGGGUGGGCGCGGAGUGAGGUUGGUGCGGCGAGAGCGUCAUGUCCGACAAUGAGGACAAUUUCGAUGGCGAUGACUUUGAUGACGUGGAGGAGGACGAAGGGCUCGAUGACUUGGAGAACGCCGAGGAGGAGGGCCAAGAGAACGUCGAGAUCCUCCCCUCUGGGGAGCGACCACAGGCCAACCAGAAGCGAAUCACCACCCCGUACAUGACCAAGUAUGAGCGGGCCCGCGUGCUGGGCACCCGAGCGCUCCAGAUCGCGAUGUGUGCCCCCGUGAUGGUGGAGCUGGAGGGCGAGACGGACCCGUUGCUCAUCGCUAUGAAGGAACUCAAAGACCCCUGCACGGCGUGCUGCGGAGCUCAUGGCCUGGCUUCCCCUGCACAGGGCCCGGAAGAUCCCCAUCAUCAUUCGCCGCUACCUGCCCGACGGGAGCUAUGAGGACUGGGGGGUGGACGAGCUCAUCAUCACCGACUGAUCUUCCCGACCUCGCGGUUUCUCUCCCCACUUUAUGUGUAAAUAAUAAACUUCUCAGCCCCUC